AUGUUCACAAACCUAUGGCUGCUGGGCGGCCUCGGCGUCCUUGCCCUCACCGUCUACCUCUACCAAGCUCUGGUUUACCGCAGGUUACGGCAAUUCGCCCACCUUCCUCAGAUCAAACCCUCUGUCGUAUGGGGUCAUUUGGCUGUCCUAGGCGAGCACUUCAAAUCAGACGGUUCAGGAACCACAGAUAUGGACAAAAUCUUUGGGCGCAUGAUUGAAUCCAUCGGAAACCCCGAGGUCAUGUUGCUCGAUAUCCGCCCCUUCAACCACCCGAUACUUUUCAUACGCACGCACGAGGUCGCUGAGCAGGUCUCCAAGCAGACCAAGGCCUUUCCCUACAGCUUCGGAAAGCCCACGACCAUGGACUUCCUCGAACCUCUCAUCGGACCCAGCGCCAUUAUCCGCAUCACAGGCUCUCGCUGGAAGGACUUACGUCGCCGCUUCAACCCGGGCUUCGCCCCGCAGCAUCUCAUGUCCCUGUUGCCCCUCAUCACGGAAAAGACGGAGCCCUUACUCGCAAGCCUCGACCGUCUCGUCGCCUCUGGCGAAUCCUUCACACUCGAGCCCCUGCUGACUGGCCUCACCUUUGACAUUAUUGGUGCCGUGACCAUGGGCAUCGAUUUCAAUGCUCAGCUGCCCGACGACAAGCAAAGCGAGUUCAUCAGGAUGUACCGCGAGCUUCUCUUCACCUACAAGGGCGAUGAUGGCGGCACGCCUGCCUUUGCCCAGCCUCUCAAGCGCUGGAGACGGCGUCGCAUGGCGAAGCGCGUUGAUGCCCACCUCUCCCAGUUCGUCCGGGACAAGUACAACGAGCUCAAGCGCGAGGGCAGGAAGAGCCGCACCGUUCUGGCCCUCAGUCUCCAAGACGAGGAUCAUGUCAGCGAUGCCAUGAUCAGCGAGACCAUCGACCAGUUGAAGUCCUUCAUGUUCGCCGGCCACGACACGACGAGCAUCCUGCUGCAAUGGGCGCUGUAUGAACUCUCCCGUACGCCCCGCGCCCUCAAGACUCUGCGCGCCGAGCUCGCAGACCUGUUUGGCUCAGACGCCACGCCCGAGACCGUGCGCGCCGCCUUUGAGGCUCGUGGCGACGACAUCAUGCCCAAAAUGACCUACACCUCCGCUGUCAUCAAGGAGGCUUUGCGCCUGUACCCGCCUGCCGGUACUGCUCGCUGGUGUCCUCCCGGCUCCAAUUUCCAUCUCAAGCUCGCCGACGGCUCCAGUCACUGUGUCGACGGCACCAUCCUGUACAACUGCCAUACGCUCAUCCAACGCGACGAGGCCGUCUAUGGCCCCACCGUUAAUGACUUUGUCCCCGAGCGCUGGCUCGGAAACACCAGCACCUCCGUGUCUAACGACGACGAAGAAGACACCAACGACGCCGAGAAGGCGACUAUCGGCAAGGCUAGCGAGAGCGAUAUACCCGUGUCAGCGUGGCGGCCCUUUGAGAGGGGUCCGCGCAACUGCAUCGGCCAGGAACUGGCGAACAUCGAGGCUAGGAUCAUUCUCGCCACCGUCGUAGUCAAGUAUGAUUUCGUCAAGGUCAGCAUGGCAGAGGCGAAGCUCGGCCAAGAUGGAAAGCCUUUGUUGGACGACAAGGGGCAGCAUGUCUCUGACACGCAGCUGUUCAGUGAUCGCCAGAUCACGGCGAGGCCGAACGACGGGAUAGAGGUCCGGGUGAAGUUGAGAGAGGGAUUACGGCCUUGA